AUGACAAACUUCCGCCUUCUUGAUCUUCCGGCGGAGCUCCGAUACCAUGUGUACUCUUUCUUGAUCCCAAAUGAUAUGGUCAUCACAUUUGAAAAUUGUGGUUGGUUGAGGAGCGGCGAGCCUGACUGGACCACAUAUGGCAUCCGAAAGGGUGAAGACGUUCCUAGCAGGAUAGGUGGAAACCCCUUCUACAAAAACACAUUGGUGCGCCGCUGGAACCAUAUCACGGUCGAGACGCAGCUAUUUCGGGUGAGCAAGUUCGUUUCCAACGAGGCGCUAUCGGUUCUGUAUGGACUGAAUACCUAUAAUUUCACUGUCCAUGGGCAAACCAUGUGGCCAAAGUCACUACGGAGUCCGUUCGUCUUCGGACCUCUUGGUCAUCCCGAUCGACUCCCAUUGUUACGCAAUCUGCGGCGUAUUCAUAUCGAGGUAGUUCCCGAUAUCAACAGCCAUUGGGCCGUCAAGCGUCAGCGGUCACGACUAGAGUACCUUGUCGAAAUCCUAAAAGAGUAUGCAGAUGAUAGCGACCAGAAAUCUCUAUUGGAAGACCUGAAGGUCGAUUUCCAGCUUACUUCACAAAAGCCAGCUCAAUCUGCUUGCGGGAACACUGUUCGGGGCAUCGUAUAUUCCUGUGUUCCCAAGGACACAGAAAAGUUCAUGUUCGGUCUUGAAAGCCUUGCAUACCUUCGCGGCAUCAAGGACGUAGAGAUUACUGGGCUACCAGAGUGGUAUACGAAGUGUCUACAGUUAUCAAUCCAAGGUAGAGGCGGAGGCGUCGAGAAGAUAGAUUGGCCGCUUGUGGAAUUCAGGCGCCGCGCGAAGGGGAACAGCACGCAGUGGAAGAAGUAUUUGGUGUCGGCUCGCAAGUGGCAUCAACCUACACUGAACUGGAAGGAGUUUGCCGAGCGCAACGAAAUCACUACUCCAGCUGAUAUUGAGGAUCUCUAUGCGGCUGACGGGUAA